GUGUGAAGGCAGACCGCGGCUUCACACUGUCUUCUCUGUCUUGAUCCUGCGAAACCUCAACCAGACCGUCUCCAGAUGGCACCAAAGAAGGCCAAGAGGAGAGCAGCGGCCGGAGAUGGCGGCUCCUCCAACGUGUUCUCCAUGUUUGAGCAGAGCCAGAUUCAGGAGUACAAGGAGGCUUUCACAAUCAUCGACCAGAACAGAGACGGAAUCAUCAGCAAAGACGACCUGAGGGACGUGCUGGCCUCCAUGGGUCAGCUGAACGUGAAGAAUGAGGAGCUGGAAGCCAUGAUCAAGGAGGCCAGCGGCCCCAUCAACUUCACCGUCUUCCUCACCAUGUUCGGCGAGAAGCUGAAGGGCGCCGACCCAGAGGACGUUAUUCUCAGCGCCUUCAAGGUUCUGGACCCAGAGGGUACCGGAUCCAUCAAGAAGGAAUUCCUGCAGGAGCUCCUGACCACUCAGUGCGACAGGUUCACCCCAGAGGAGAUCAAGAACAUGUGGGCCGCCUUCCCCCCAGAUGUUGCUGGCAACGUGGACUACAAGAACAUCUGCUACGUCAUCACACACGGAGAGGAGAAGGAGGAGUAAAGAGACCCGAAGACAAGAAGCAGAAAAGACAGAAAUCCCUUUCACCGUCCUCCCGGUCCCUCCUCAUCCUCCCUCGGCUCGCUCCGUGUAAACCCAUGACGUCCGGCCGCUCGUCCCGUCGCCUCCACGCCAGAGGUCGGCGGCAGCAGCGUCUCGCGUCUAUGUUUGCUAUUGGGGAAUAGGGAUAGCUUUUUCAAUAAACCAACUCUGACAUCAAAACCACUUUUCUUCCAACACCCUCUCUCUCUUCGUGGCCGUCUUCUGUCCUCCGACACCGACGCCUGCUCGGUGGGGACUUCAUUCCAAAUUCUGAAGACGUCCCCUCGAGUAGCGGCGGAGGGAGGUAGUGGAGGUCGCAGGUUAGGAAGGGAAACAUUGGCCUCCUUAAAGUGACGGCAGCGUUUUCUCUAGGAAAAGUUGAAACACGACAAAGGCCCGAAGGGGAGGAGCGAAAGCGCCGAAAGAAAACAUGCAGGUCUUCGAUUCUUUCCCUCCUCCCUUCCUCACGCACACUCCUGUUUUCCCAUAAGCCUCCACAGCGACCGGACGCUUCUACGCCUCUCCUCUGUAACCAAUAAAAGGGACAAACUGUGAAUAAAAUCUCUUUCUUUUG